AUGUGGACAAUCACAAUUCGAGCAGACACAAAUUGUUUAUGGGUCCUAUUCUGGAUCACCUACUCUCAAUUUUUGGCCGUGUCCUCUGAUGACAUCGUGGUCGCAUGUGGGGGGUUUGUGAAAUCCGACGUUGAAAUCAAUUACUCAUUGAUCGAGAUUAAACUCUACACCAAACAAGGUUCCUUAAAACACCACACUGAUUGUGCACCUAUAAAUGGAUAUUUUAUGAUUCCUCUAUAUGACAAGGGAGAUUUUGUUUUAAAGAUUGAACCUCCCCUUGGAUGGAGUUUCGAGCCCACUAGUGUGGACCUCCAUGUGGAUGGUGUCACUGAUAUUUGUACAAAAGAACAGGACAUCAAUUUUGUUUUCACUGGCUUUUCAAUAUCGGGAAUGGUCUUGAGUAAAGGUCAUCUCCUUGGUCCACCUGGAGUAGAAGUUAAAUUGAGUAGAGCCGGGACAGAUGAGAAUCUUCAGACUGUCACCACCCAGCCUGGAGGAGCGUAUAACUUUCACAAAGUUCUCCCUGGAACAUAUGACAUCAUUGCUUCUCAUCCUUCCUGGAUCUUGGAGCAGAGUGCCACAACAGUACACAUUUCUACUGCCAAUGGGCUGGCUGCUGACCAUCUGGUUGUUGGAGGAUACGACGUCUCAGGGGAGGUCCGCAGUGAUGGAGAGCCUAUGAAAGAGGUCACCUUCCUACUUUACUCGGCUACAGUGAAAAGAGAGAAUGUGAAAGGGUGCAACUUUUCUCCGGUGGAGGGAGCAGACUCGGGGGACAGCUCCUUAAUCUACCUGUGCAAUGCCCUCUCCAGGGAAGACGGUACCUUCACCUUCCCCUCAUUAUCUAGUGGGGAGUACACAGUGGUACCCUUCUACAGAGGAGAGAGGAUCACUUUUGAUGUUUCUCCUUCCAGAAUGAGUUUCAAGGUGGAGCACAACAGUUUGACGCUGGAGCCCAUUUUUCGUGUCAUGGGUUUUUCUGUGACUGGUCGGGUCCUUAAUAGUGUUCAAGGGGAAGGUGUAAUUGAUGCUGCUGUCUCCAUCAACAAUCAGUUCAAAGUUGUCAGCAAAGAGGAUGGUUCUUACAGGCUGGAGAACAUGACAGCGGGUACUUACACCAUCCGCGUCCACAAGGAGCUGAUGUUCUUUGAACCAGUAACAGUAAAAAUUGCCCCCAACACUCCACAACUUCCUGACAUCAUCACAGCAGGGUUCAGUGUUUGUGGACAGAUCUCCAUCAGUCGCCUGCCUGAAGGCAUGAAGCAGCAAGGUCGCUACAAGGUCACAUUGACACACAAAGGCCAAGACAAGACAUCUGGUCGGAUCAUUGACUCAGACACCCAGGGAGCUUUUUGCUUUCAGGCGAAAACUGGAGAUUACAGCGUCCAUGUAUCGCUACCUGAGAUAGAUGUAAAAGCGGGCCUGGCUCUGCAUCCUAAUUCCCUGGAGUUCUCAGUUGUGGACAAGCCCCUCACAGACCUACUUUUUACCCAAUUUAUGGCCUCCAUCUCUGGAAAGGUCUACUGUUUGGCAUCUUGUGAUGACCUGUCAGUAACACUCCAGCCGGUGAGCCGCUCAGGAGAAAGAAGGAUUAUGCCUCUCUCGGGCAGCAGCGACAUUCUCAAUUUCUCCUUUGAUGAUGUUCUGCCUGGGAAAUACAAAGUAAGCAUUUCUCAUGAGGAGUGGUGUUGGAAACAUAAAUCCAUGGAAGUCGAGGUUGUGGACACUGACAUCUUGGGUGUUGAGUUCCGGCAAAUUGGCUACAUCCUGCGUUGCUCCCUCUCUCAUGCCAUCACUUUGGAGUUCUUUCAGGAUGGCAGCAAACCCGAAAAUGUAGGCAUCUACAAUCUCUCCAAAGGAGUCAACCGUUUUUGUCUCUCCAAACCAGGUGUCUACAAAGUCACCCCUCGCUCCUGCCACCAAUUCGAACAGGAUUUUUACACCUACGAUACCUCAGCACCCAGCCUCCUGACUCUUACUGCAGUGCGCCAUCACAUGACCGGCCUCAUUACCACCGACAAGAUCCUGGAUGUCACAGUCACUAUCAAAUCUUCCAUUGAGAGUGAGCCAGCAUUGGUUCUUGGCCCCCUGCGGAGUCUGGAAGAGCAGAGGCAGGAGCAGCAGUUGCAGGAGAUUCAGUUGCGACGCUUAGAACGAGAACGACGAGCUGCUGAAGAGGAAGGGGCCGUCAAGGAUGAUAGUCCACCUAUCCAAGAAAAGGCCGAUGAUCUGACAGGCCCCUUCCACUAUGAGUUUUCCUACUGGGCCAGGGCUGGAGAGAAAAUUACAGUGACACCCUCCUCCAAGGAGCUUCUGUUCAACCCCCCUGAAGUGGAAGCGACGAUCAAGGAGUCAUGCCCUGGUCGCAUGGUGGACAUAAUGGGUCGUGCAGGGCUUUUCCUGGAGGGCAAGGUGUCACCCGAGCUGCAAGGUGUUGAGAUCUCCAUCAGUGAAAGAGGAGCUACUUCACCACUCAUCACAGUGGCCACCAAUGAGAAUGGUGCAUACAGCGUCGGUCCCCUCCACAGCAACAUACAGUAUGACAUUAGUGCCAUUAAAGAAGGAUUUGUUCUGACUCAUGUGGAUGGAAGCCAGGGAGAUUUCAAAGCUUUUGCUCUGGCUGGAAUCACCUUCAAGAUAAAAUCAGAAGAUGGUCAUCCAUUGUCUGGAGUCCUCCUGUCACUAAGUGGCGGACAAUUUCGGUCUAACCUCUUAACCCAGGACACUGGUCUACUCACAUUCAAUAACUUGAGUCCAGGUCAGUACUAUUUCAAGCCAAUGAUGAAAGAAUUCCGCUUUGAGCCAACAUCCCAAAUGAUUACGGUAGAAGAGGGUCAAAUCCUCAGUAUCGAGAUAACUGGGAUUAAGACUGCGUAUAGCUGCUAUGGAACAGUGCAGUCUUUAAGUGGUGAUGCAGAGAGGGACAUUGCCGUAGAAGCGGUAGGUCAAGGAGACUGUAGUAUAUACAGUGAGGACACUGUCACUGAUGAGGAAGGUCGCUUCAGGCUUAGAGGUCUGCUGCCUGGUUGCAAGUACCUGAUCCAACUACGAGCUGAAGGUAAUGACCACAUAGAGAGAGCCUUACCACAACAAAGAGCCAUAGAGGUUGGCAGCAGUGACAUUGAGGGAGUCAACAUCAUUGCCUUCAGACAAAUCAAUCAAUUUGACCUUAGCGGGAAUGUCAUUACAUCCCCGGAACAUCUAGCAACUUUAUCGGUGAAGCUGUACAAGAGUGACAACUUGGACAACCCCCUUCACAGUGUCUCACUGGGCCAGUCCCUCUUCUUCCAUUUUCCCCCAUUGGACAGAGAUGGAGAGGGCUACAUUCUUAUGCUGUACUCCACACUGUCCCACACACAAUAUGACUACACUCUACCUCAGGUCUCUUUUACUUCUAGUGGUUACCAUAAGCACGUAACCCUCACCUUCAACCCGACUCGCAAAAUGCCUGACCAAGAUGUCGCCCAGGGGUCCUACAUUGCUUUACCCCUCACUCUCCUGCUACUGUUAGCUGCAUAUAACCAUGAAAAGGUCAUCCCCUUACUUCUGCAAGUGAUGAAUCGCAUUCAGGGUGUAAGGAGCAUGACUCAGACCAGUGGAGAUGGUGCCAUCUUGGAAGAAGUCAAACGUCAGGCCAAGAGGCAGAAAGCCCGACGUACAUGA